AAUAAUUUAUUAAAGAAUGGCCAAAGACUCAAGGCAAGAGCUAAUUUAAAUGGUAAACGGCUAAAUACAAAAUCUAAAGUCAACAGAAGUCGUUAGCUCGCUUAAUUUUAGAUUUGAAUGGAAACCUAAACUCUGGAUAUACUCGCAACUUUAUGAUCUCAAUUUCUGGAUUAUCAGAUUAACAGUAACAAUAACAAUAAAACCAGUUUCACUGUUUAUGAUUUAUCCAAGUUUAAAUUAUAAAUCUUUAAUUUGCUUCAUAAUACACCGUUAACUCGUUAUGUAAACGUAUCAUUACAUUUCUGAAUCCAACAAAUCCUUACACUAUCAAUCAAUUUACAACACUUAGACACCCAAGUAGAUGUGAUAAGUUUUUUUGUUUCUUAGACUCAAUUUUUUCUCAGGCUGAUCAUCAACUAAUUGUCAGUGUUGUAAAUAUUUUAUUACAUUAUAAUAAAUAUUUUUCUUGAUUUACUUUACAUGUAAUAACGUUAUUGUCCACCAGCAGUCUACAGUAAACACCUUGUUGGAUAUUUUUUUUUACCAAGAAAUACUUUUCUGACAGACUCUCUGGUUUCUGGUUGUGCUCAGGCAGAAGAAACCAAGUGAUUCAAUGCACCAGACUCCAAAUCUUAUUCUCUCAUGUUGAUCAUCAUUCAAUUUGCUCGCCAUUUUCCUGACUUUCACUUUCUUAUUCAUCUCUUCUCUGUCUCUAGUCAUCAUCAACAUCAUCUUUUAUUUUACUUCUCUUUCUCUCCUUCUCUCUCUAUCUCUCUCUGUAGAUAUCUGUCUUCUUUAUCUUUAUGUUUGCACUAAAUGCUGUUCGCAAUGUUUCGUUUUAAUAACCAUUUUUCAACUCAAUUAUUUCAAUUUUCCUUUGCUUUUCAUUCUAUUUAAUUCAAGUAAACCUUUUAAUCAUCCUAUCAUCAUUCAACCAUCACCAAAGUCUUCGUAACUCUUUCAGUUUCUCUUUUAUCUUCUCUACUCUGUAUAAUCUCUACUCUAUUUUUCUCUUCUCUUUUUUUUCCUCUGUGUAUAUCUUUUUCCUUCUCUCUAUUGCUCACCGGUUGUUGUGAUUAUUGUCUUUUUGUUUUUGGAACUGCAUUUAUUUCCCACUUUAAAUAUGGUUAUUAGUGAAUUUACCUGGUUCUUCGACUAACCAAUCAUCCACCAUAUCUGAUGCCGUUUCAUGGUUAUUGAUUGUGUCAGCUUGGUGCCAAAGAACUGUUCAAAAAUUGUUAUCUCAACUUGUUUUUAACCUUUUACCUUAACUGUUUUCUUGUUUCCCCACUUUGCCUAUUCUAUUUUUAUUUACCUAAUUUUGAUUUAAUUUAUUAUUCUAUUACUGUUGAUUUUAAAUCAUCUCACAUCUCAUCAACAAAUACAUCACAUCACCUCUAACUUUUUUUCUCUUCAACUGCGAUUAUUUUUGGAUGCUUUACAAAACGUGUGAAAAGCAACUAGCAACACCAUCGUUAUCAUUUUAUAUCAACCUCAAUAAUAUCAACAUUUCCAUCAUCAAUAAUAUCAUCUUUAAUUCUCAUCGCCAUCACCAUUGCUUCCGGUUUUAACAUUUGCAAAGAGACGAGGAAAAAUAGAAGAAGAAGGAGAAAUAUUCCAAGAAAGAUUGGAAAGAUAGCAAGGAAGGAAAAUUUAACCCAAGACGAGACUGAAGGCUGAAACGAAGCUGUUUAUAUAUAAAUACAUAUAUAUAUUAUACCAUAACAGGGGAAAAAACAAGUAAACAAACCGAAGAAAGUCAUAUACAAGUCAAGGUUUCCAUAACCAAGAUACUUAAUUUUACACACUUCAUAGCCAGUGCUACUUAACCCGAAAACCAAAGAAACAAAAAGAGGCAAAAAGUAGGAAAUUGCCAAAGGCCAGAGGAAUAGGACCAGAAAGGAAAAGCGUUGACCAGAAAUAUUUUAGAAAGUCAUUCUAAGAAUGCCGUCAUGUUUUGUGGGCAACCUUAGAGUGACCAUUGUACAAGCAGCCGAUCUAAAGCCAACUGAAUUUUCAACCAGACAUGGAGGUGUUAUCCUGAGACAAUUAGAUCCGUACGUGUCAGUUGAUAUUGAUGAUAUUCACAUUGACCGUACAUCAACUGCACAAAAGACCUUUCACCCAAUAUGGAAUGAAGAUUUUUGUGUUGAGGUUGCGAAUGCUCAGUGUUUAUCGUUAACUGUUUUUCACGAUGCUUCUAUACCUCCAGAUGAUUUUGUUGCCAAUUGUAUAGUUGUUUUGGAUGAUUUAGUUAAUAAUAAUAAUGGACGAGUUAACGAUGUACAUGAUAUCUGGGUUGACUUGGAACCUGAAGGAAAGAUUAAUCUUAUUGUUGAUCUUAGCGAUGUUGAAAAGAAACCAAAGGAGUUCAGAGAAAGAGCUGGACUCAAUAGACGUCGAGGUGCAGUUCGGCGUCGAGUCCAUCAAAUCAAUGAACAUAAAUUUAUGGCCACCUAUCAUCCACAGCCAACAUUUUGCUCCCAUUGCCGUGAAUUCAUUUGGGGCAUAAUAGGUAAACAGGGUUAUCAAUGUCAAGUUUGUACUUGUGUAGUCCAUAAAAGAUGCCAUGAAUUUGUCGUUACAAAAUGUCCUGGUUCAAAGGAUAAAACUGCUUUCGAGGUGGUCGAAAGUCGUUUCAAUAUAAAUGUACCUCAUCGAUUUGUUAUUCACAAUUAUAAAAGACCAACUUUCUGUGAUCAUUGUGGCUCAAUGUUAUACGGUUUUUUCCGCCAAGGACUUCAAUGUGAAGCUUGUAAUAUGAAUGUUCACAAACGGUGUCACAAGAAUGUAGCAAACAAUUGCGGAAUCAAUCCAAAGCAAUUGGCUGAGACAUUGCGUGAUAUGGGAAUAUCAGGAGAUAAGUUGAAUCGUCGCAGGAAGAAGCCUGUUGUUGGUGAAUCAUCUAAAUUUUGCGCAGCGGCUGAACGUUCCAACACCUCACCAUUACCUUGUGCUACUGAUUUUAAUCUAGAAUCUGAGUCAAAAAAUCUUUUACUAGGCGACUUAUCAUCUUCUGAUAUGAUGGUGGGUCGUCUAUCAUUUACGGAUAUGCCGUCCAGUAGUAGUGCUAGUAGUAGUAGCGAUAACAAAGAUGCUCAUAGAGAGCAACAGGAAAUAAAUCUUCAGCAAAUUAUCGAUAGAGUACCAUCGGACAUGGGAGAAACGGAAAAGCCAGCCAGAAAAUAUGGUGUAGAUGAUUUUAGGUUCAUAAAAGUUCUGGGAAAAGGAAGUUUUGGCAAGGUUAUGCUCGCUGAGUUUAAACACACUGAAGAGGUUUAUGCUGUCAAAGUGCUGAAAAAAGAUGUAAUUUUACAAGAUGACGAUGUCGAUUGUACAAUGACAGAGAAACGAAUCCUGACUCUUUCCGCAAAACACCCUUUCCUAACUGCCCUUCACUCUUGCUUCCAAACUGAGGAUCGAUUAUUUUUUGUAAUGGAAUACGUUAACGGUGGUGACCUUAUGUUCCAAAUUCAAAGAGCAAGAAAAUUUGACGAAGCAAGAGCGAAAUUCUAUGCAGCUGAGGUUGUUUUAGCUCUUAUGUUUCUUCACAAUCAAGGAGUUAUUUACAGAGAUUUGAAAUUAGAUAAUAUCCUGCUAGAUAGUGAAGGACAUUGUAAAAUUGCCGAUUUUGGUAUGUGCAAGGAAAAUAUCAGAGAUGGUUCUACAACGACUACUUUUUGUGGUACACCGGACUACAUUGCUCCAGAAAUUUUACAAGAACUUGAUUAUGGACCGUCUGUUGAUUGGUGGGCUUUGGGUGUUUUAAUGUAUGAAAUGAUGGCUGGACAACCACCAUUUGAAGCUGACAAUGAAGAAGAUCUUUUUGAUUCAAUUUUAAGAGAUGAAGUUUUAUAUCCAGUUUGGCUGAGCAAAGAUGCCGUCUCAGUUUUAAAAGGAUUUAUGACCAAAGAACCUGCAAAGAGACUAGGUUGUGUAGCAAUGAAAGGAGAUGAAAAUGCCAUUUUGAUUCAUCCAUUUUUUAAAGAUAUAGAUUGGAUUGAUUUAGGAGCUAGAAGGAUUAAACCUCCAUUUAAACCCAAAAUUAAAACAAAGCGAGAUGUAAACAAUUUUGAUCAAGAUUUCACCAAAGAAGAGCCUGUUUUAACUCCUGUUAAUCCUGAAGUUUUGAGAAAUAUUAAUCAGGAGGAAUUUAAAGGAUUCUCGUUUGUCAAUGAUGAUUUUAAUCCACACCGUUUUAUCGAAAUGGAAGGCCAUUUUCCAUCAUAACGAACAUUUAACUAGGAAAAGAAAGAUUCUCGUUGCAUUUCAACAUUGAAAUUUACAUACUCACAACAAUUUCACAUUUCAAAUCAUCUUUCAUUGGAAAAGCACAUUCAUAUAUACACAGAAAGAAGACCCAACACAUAUAAAGAUAUUUAUAUUAUCAAAAUGCAAUUUAUUGUCAUCUGAUCAUCACAACCAUCUUCAUCAACACAUAAUCAUAAUCAUCUUCAUCGUCAUUACCAUCAUCCAAAACCAUCAAUUCACGAGGAGGCAACAAUUUAUGAGCUCACUUCACAACCAACCGACAAACAUAAAAGAUGAAUAGUUCUGUAUGGAGUCAUUUUACACAAGAUAAAAAGAAUCACAAUAUUACUAAAUUGUAUCGCAACAAAACAAAAGACAUUAUCAUGGACAACUGUUAUCUUUUUAACAAUUCAUCAGCCUAUUUACAAUUAUCCUCCCUGCCUUGCAAUCACAAAAUUAUUCAAAACUACAUCAAUUGCAUCAAACGAUCAAGAGAUUCAUUUUUAUUCGAGCAACAUCAAGAACAAUAUGUAUUAAUAAUGCUGACCUGUUAAUAUUGACCUAAGAGAAUUAAAUUUUUUUGUUUUAGGAAAACAAAUACAGUUGUAAGUUGAGCCUUGAAAAUAACGCACGAUAUUGCCGUUUUCCACAUUUCUCUCAUGGAGCCGAUCCUGAUUGUUGAUUUUCCUCUGAAUUGGACUCAACUCACUUCAAGACAAAGAAGAAAGCAAAUCAUAUAUUAAAACUAAAGAACAGAAAAGAAACCAAAAUUAUAAUAUAAAUAAUAAUUUACCUGUAAAUAUAAUCUUGAUACAAGAACCAGAAAGCGUAUCUUAAAAGCGAAGGACAACACCCAUGAUAACUCAUCUUUAGCUUCACUUUAAAUUAAUUUGGUGAGAUUAACUAUCGAAUGUGCAGUUGAAAGGGAAUCAUGGACUUAGACUGAGCAAAUGGACACGCAAAAAAUGAACUAAUUAUUUCUGAAACACAAAAAAACAAUUACAUCAGAACAUCACCCUUGUUUAAAGAUUCAAUCGUAGGAUUACCGUUUUUGGAAUUUCGCCUUUUUUCUCUUCUUGAUUUAAUUUUUAAUUUCUGAUUACCAUUAAUGUUUUAGAGCCGGAUAAAUGAAAAUGAAGCAAAUCUAAACCCACACAGCAUCAAUCAUUAAUUGUUAUAAAGCCAACAAUUUGGAGACAACAGUGCAAAUCUAGUCAUCAUCUCAAAAUUUAAGGACAACCCAACAAAUUACGAUAAAUUCACAAUUAAUGCAGAUCUCAACCAUUUAAAAAUUGUCUUUUUAUCUUCUUUAAUUUAAGUUAAUACUGCCCGGUGCAGACCAUCAAGUUGAACAUAAUACAAAAUACCGUUUAAUAUGUUGUUAUAGCAUAGAAAAUCAAAAUCAAUGUAUUAUUAUUAUUACUAUUAUUAUUACUGCUAUUGCUAUUAUUAUUUGAUUAUUAUUUUAAUUUGAUUAUGUUAUGGUUUUAACAAACAAAAAACAGUUUCGCACAGCAGCACAUAAAGAAAUAGUAAACCAAAA